AUGCGGCAUUCUGAGAGGAGACCGAGCGAGGAACAUCUCGAUUUGCUGAGGAAAACCUCCGGAUUGGCUCAGGGACAUUCGCGCUCAUGUACAUGUUUCCAAGAGAAGCAGCAGAUAGAGUGCAAGUUCACCGUAGUUUUACUAGCUUUCUCUUUUGUACAUCUUUGCAACUAUUGCGACCUGGCUAUACGUCAUCAAAAACAGCCCUCUAGAUCCAAAGAGAUGAGGGAAAGAAGUGAUAGGAAAGCUACAAGUCUAGCUAACACGGCCAAGCUAUAUACGAAAGGAGUACAACAGCGUCGUCCCGCUAGAUCCCGCUCUUGCCCGCUCUUUCCCGACUUUUCAUCCUUGGCAUCUAGCCUUCAGGCCGUCUUCCGCCUGUUCCGUCAAGAUACGCCAAGUCAAAGUUAUCCGACGAAUCCCGACACUCCGUCAAUUCCGACAAGUGCUAUCUGCUGCUCCACUCUUAGCUUCCCCUGUACUAAGACGGGUCUGCGACAGACGGAGAUCACCGAAGGAGGCUCUCGCACUGUGUAG